AUGUUCUAUGGUAACUCUGACCCUGCCAAGGCUGGCGCCUUUGCCUUUGUUUCCUACUACUUCAUUAGCCAGUCUGUCAACCUGGACCACUCGGACCAUGUGUCGGUCAGCAGCGUUGGUGCAGACAGCUUGGCGGUGACGUUCAACAGCCAAGAAGCCUUUGAGCACGCAUCCAACACCUGGUCCGCCAAGGACGGUUUGAUCUUGAUCGCAUACGCCAAGGAAUGCGGGGACUACGAAAAGGGUCAGCGAUGCUACUUCGACGUGUCGAGCCUCGAGGUGGAUGCCUCGAGUAGCAUCCCCACAAUUGUCGCUCGUGGCCAGUCCAAGCACCCGGACGAUAUCACCUCGGGCGGUGACACGGAAUGGGGCUGGUGGAGCCCCCGGAACGGCAACGGCGCCGCACAGUCUGACCGUGAGAAAGGCGCGGGGCCGGACUUUAGCUGGAACGCCGGCCCCACUUCAACUCCGAGCUCCCGCUCCCGCUCCCGCUCCGGCGCGAGCAAGCCUUCUGGACGGCCCCCCUGUGCCGCGCCGUCCGAUGCAAAGUACGGCCUUCCCUCAGCCUGCCUGGGUGAAUACUUUGACAUGGACCUCGACAAUGGCCUCGGCUACGAGCCCCUGGGCGACAAAAGCAGGGCCCUCUUGAACGACCUGGCGCCCGGGCUCGACUUGGGAGCCGCUCCACAGUCAUCUGGUCACGGCUUGAACAGGACGGCCGCGUUCUCGAGGAGGCACCAGCGCGACCUCCUCGUGAAGAGGGGCUUUUGGUCGUCGACUUGGUCUGGUGCGGUCAACACCGUCGAGAAAGUCUUCAGCGACGCCUACGAGAAGGUUGCCGAGGCCGUCAAUUUCUCGGGCGGCUACAAAAAGGAGUUCUCGUGGGAUCUACCCGAUCCCAGCAACAAAAAUUCGGAGGCCAACAAGCUCGUGGACAGUGGCGCCCAGGCGGUCGUUUCGCCAUGGGGCAACGCCAUCCUGCUCAAGUCGUUUGGCUCCCCCAAGGCCGAGGGCGACGUGACCAAGUAUCUCAACAUCUUUUGCGUCGACUGCGGCGCCAGGGGCAAGGCGAGUAUCGCCGGCAAGGCGAGCUGGAGCAUGCUGCACGGCAUCACCGAGGGCAGGGUCGAGCUCAACACGGACAUGCACUUUGGACUGAAACUCGGCGUCGACGCCCACAUCCGCUACAAGUCCGAGCUCUCGACGGAUCUGCUCAGGGUGGGCCUGCCGGGCCUCAACUACGGCGUCGUCACCAUCGCCCCGCAAGUGUCGGUCGGCACGCGCGUCGGGCUCGAGGCGGCGGCCAAGGGCAGGUUGCUGGCCGGCGCCGAGGUGGGCCUGCAAGCAGCCCGCGUUGUCGUCGACAUUGUCGACUCGUCCAAGAACGAGAAGAGCGGCUGGGAGCCCUACUUCAAGCCCACCUUGGAGGCCGAGGGAGAGAUUAUUCUGUCGGCCUCCCUGGCGCUGCCCGUCGGCCUCGAGUGCGGCCUUGCAAUCAGCGAGUGGCACAAGACGGUGGCCAUUAUCUACGAACCUUCAAUCAAGGCGACUGCUCAGGCCGCUGCGGCCAUGAGCCUGGCGGAUACCGGAUCCUUCUCGGCCGGAUUCAAGGAGCGAGACGGCUGCGCCGGCAUCAGCACCCAAAUCACAUGGCGCAACAAGGUAUUUAUCAACGUGGUGGAUUUAGAAACAGUCAACCUGCACGAUACUGGAGAUCGUGAGCUGGUUCGCAAAUGCUUCGCCUUGCCUGCUUAUAAGGGACCGUCACAACCCUUUAACGUCACUGAAUCCAAGUCAAAGAGGUCAGAACCGUUGGCGCUGCCACCCGACUCUGUCUCCGACUUGACGAGGGAGUACCCGGCUCACGGAUCCAAAUACGUCACCUCGGCGCCGGAGCCUUUGAACGAAUCGUCAUACAGCGACGUGAAUGGGUUCAACUACGCUCGUCUCGUCACCCCAGGAGGCAAAGCCAUGGUGGUGUCGUGCGGCAACGGCAACCUGUACGCCGCCGACGCCGAGGGCGAGCGCAACCCCGAUUGCUCCGAGCUGUUCCCGAUCGGCCGAGACAACUCGAUAGCCUCUGACGGCGCGCGCAAGCUGAUGCACUACGACGCAACUACAAUGAGCACGCUCGGCGUGUCCCGUCUGCGACUGCGGGCUGACAACGAGGUGACGCGGUCGGGCGUCGUCAUCGUCCUGGCGCUCUACACUGACGAGAGCAUGCCCGACAAGUCGUAUUACCUGGGUGUGGAUGUGGAUGGCAACGUGCUGUACCCGACGAUCUGCGACUUUACCGAUGGCAGUGGGCCCAAGGUCUUCUUGGCGAGCGACCCUGAAAAGGGCCUCCACAUGCUGGAGAGCGACGAUGUCAAAUAUUUGAUCUUCGACUCCGCGCUUCAGUUGCUCUGGGACCGCGGCCUGAUCGAAGACGGCGAGUACCGCAACAUACACGCCUCUGUUGUCCAAGGCAACGCCACCUUCCCUUCGGAAUACAACCUUUCUGUCCAGGCCGCUCCCUGUCCGUACCGUGGGGGGCAACAACUGCCUCGCGAGCUCAAAGAUCAUUGCCAGAUUUUCCUCGACGAACAGAUUUGUGCAGGGGAGAUGGGGCUGAUCGAGGCCCUAGAUACUUGUGCCGUCAAUCUGCUCAACAGCACGCUGGGCUCCGGCCUCUCGGCAAAUAGCGAUACGCAAGGCCGUGCCGGUGCCGCCCCCGAGCCAUCUCGCCUUUUUGGGCACGCUGGAUGGCGGAGCCCUGCGCGGCGCAAGACGGGUGGAGGCUGGCAGCCCAUCACCACCGACGCGUUAGACGCGUGGAGUAACGCCGAGAGGAAGUCCAAGACACGCUCCGUUCGCUGGAAAAUGCAACAGCAAAGACGGCGAAGAGACCAGUGA